AUGGCGGCGGCAGACAACAAGACGUACAUCGGACUCUCGUUCGGCACCAGCAACUCGGUGAUCGCAAUCAUCAACAAGGAGAACCGCGCCGAGGUCAUCGCCAACGAGGACGGCGAGCACAAGACACCGUCGUACAUUGCAUUCUCGGGCGAGGAGGAGUACCACGGAUCGCAGGCCAAGCACCAGUUUGUGCGCAAUGCGCAGAACACGAUCCUCGGGUUCCGUGACCUGCUGGGCAAGGCGUACAGCAACGAGCUGGCGGCGGCGGCGGGAGCCGAGGGCGCCAAGGUCGUCGACCAGGACGGCACGCCGGUGUUUGAGGUGACGACAGUGUCGGAGGAGGGCGAGGAGACGACCCUGCGGCUGUCGGCGCACGACGCGACGGUGCGGUACCUGGUGCGGCUGCACACGACGGCCGAGGAGUACCUGGGCAGAAAGAUCGACGGUGCGGUGCUGGCGGUGCCGGUGUGGUUCACGGCCGAGCAGAAGACGUCGGUGCGCGCGGCGUGCGCGGCGGCAGAUCUGCCGGUGCUGCAGCUGAUUGCGGAGCCGGCGGCUGCGGCGCUCAUGUACGACCUGGGUGCCGAUGCGUCGCACGACGACGCCAAGGAUGCGUUGGCGCUGGUGGUGGAUGUGGGUGGUGCCGGCGCCGACGUGUCGCUGGUGGGCGUGCGCGGCGGUCUGUUCACAGUCAUCGGCACCCAGCACACGGCCGAGGUCAGCGGCGAUAGCCUGGAUGGCGUGCUGGUCAAGCACUUUGCCGGAGAGUUCAAGAAGCAGACGGGCAUUGAUGUGCUGGACGGCAAGCAUGCGCGGUCUGUGCGCAAGCUGACCGAGGCUGCCGAGAUCACCAAGCGCACGCUCAGCGCCGCCACCACGGCGCCGUGUGCGGUCGAGUCGCUGGCCGACGGCAUGGACUUCAACGGCACCAUCAACCGCACGCGCUUCGACAUUCUGGCCGGCCGCGCCUACAACCCGCUGCUGGACGCCGUGCGCGAUGUCAUUGCCAAUGGCGGCUACACGCCCGCUCAGGUCUCGCAGGUCGUCUUCUGCGGCGGCGCUGCGCGCAUCCGCAAGCUGCAGUCCAAGGUCGCUCUGCUGUUCCCCGAGUCCACCGAGAUCCGCGACGAAGUCGGCGAGCUCGACGAGGUCAUUGCCGCUGGCUGCGCCGAGCAGGCCGCGCUGAUUGCCCAGGGCGCCAUUGAGGUUGAUGCCCAGGAUGCCGCCGUGCCGGUGCUGGCCAAGCCCAUUGGCCUGCAGCUGUCGGCCGAGGAGCUGGUUGCGGUGCUGCAGAAGGACACCCCGCUGCCUGCGUCGCGCACUGUCAAGGUUGCGCUGCCUGCUGGCGAGAAGCGCGCCUACCUGGCGGUUGCCGAGGGCGAGCCGGUGGCGCCCAAGGACGAGGAGGACGAGGAGGACGAGGAGGCUGAGGAGAAGAAGCAGCCGCUGUACCGCCCGUCCAAGCUCCUGGCCGAGAUGGUGCUGGAGCUCGAUGCCGCCGACGCCGACACCCGCGUCGAGGUCAAGUUCUUUGUCGGCACUGACCGCAAGCUCACUAUCGUGGCCACCGAGCCCAAGUCGGGCAAGUCCAUCCAGGCCGAGGUCCCGCAGAACUAG